UUCUCCCACAACCAGAAGGGCCAUCAGCGCUGGAGUUACCCAUGGCGGCCUUCACGGGCCAUUCUGAAGAGCCAUGCUACACUCCAAAACCAGAUCCAAACUAUGAAUUGAGGCUUCUCAUGGAGCAGUUUGCUCGAGAAAGUGAGAGAUCAUGGGCCAGGAUGGAUCUUUGUACCCAGGCCUAUCGUGGAAAAGAGGAGAUCCUCCUGACCAUUAAGAAGAGCGUCGAUGAUCUUGAUCGAUCUUAUGCACAACCUGCUCCAGAUCACCCUUCUGCUACCAUACUAGUAGAGGAGGAGGAAGAAGAAUGCUACAAGGACAUUGUGGAGCACACAUAAGUUGUCACGGAGAGCUCCCAUGAUGAUCAUGAUCAGGAAUGUCCUGUCGUAGCCGACCACACCUUCCCACAUCCCACACCGAGCUUUGAAGAGGCGAGCAUGAGUGAGGAGAUGCAUGAAGAUCUUAUGAAAGAAAUUGCUUGGCAACUUGCUCUCCAAUCCGUGCUAGAAAAAGAAGAGAGAGAAAGGGUGCAGAAAGAAGUUGUGGAGGAUGACGAAAGUGAAGCAUGAGUUCUUGAUCAUUUCCCAGGGGUGAUGCCACAUGAAGAAGAAAGGGAGGUUGAAGAAGCAUUUGGCGUCCAAGCCGAGGACGAAGUUGAGGUGGAAGAGGCUUGCACCGGCCAUGAGUUACAUGUGAUAUCUCCACCAAACUUCAAGGAACUUCUUAGCAAGGACCCAUUUGUAGUGUUUCUUUGCCAAACCAAGGCCACGUCGACAUCGGUCCCUCUUGGUGGACGCGAUGGUGGUCAAUCGAUGUUGUCAUAUCUGGUUUGGGGCAAUGAGACGAGAGAAGAGAAGAAGAGGUCUCGAGGGUGGAGACGUUAUCUGCAUCAAGUGCACGAGUUUCCAUAACCUGUCAUACCACAUGUUCGUGACUUGAGACUCCACCUCAUCGACGAGAACCUCAACAUCAAGGAGGUUUUGGGGUGGACCGAAACUUAGGAGCCAUCGUCCGGCUCACGACGUUAAAGAAGCGCUUGUUGGGAGGCAACCCAACCAAUCAGUUUGCAUUUCUUUCUCUAUUUCCCCUCGGUUGAGUCAGUUUUGUUCUUUGAUUUUAGAGUCAAUAACUCAACCUUUUUGAGAUUUUGUGUGGUGUUUGUGUUCCGACUACUCUCUCCUCCUGGAAUGCACUGCCUGCCCCGUCCACCAUCAUUCACCCUUGAUCUGGUUACUUCGUUCUACCCUCCUUAUCUUUCCUCCAUUGAGGACAAUGUCGUGCUUAAGUGUGGGGGGAUGUUCGAUUAUGUAUGCGGGUGAAUGUUUGGUUGUUUGUGUGCUUGGAGCCUAGUCCACUGUCCAAAUUUCAAUUUGAGGGCUCCAAGUACGUAUUUCCUUGCAAAUGACCUGCCCAGUAUGCUUUGAAUUGAUAGUCUCUAUAGUAAUGUGCAACCUAGGGAGGUAGUGUAGCAUUAUGGAGGAUGUUGAAGUUUAAGAUUUUUCCUAUCUAGCUCUCUGUUGUGCUAGUUGAUUUUGUGAAUUAGUGAAGCUAAGACCGUUGAAUUCAUGUGAUAAUGGUGACUCUAUUUGGAUUGUGUUAUGGAAUCGUGUAUCGAACAUGGUGCUCAUGUGAAAAAUGAAAAGCAGUUGGUCCUCCAUGUCGAAAUCAUUAAAUCUUAAACAUGGGGUAAGCCCAACGUGUGGGGCACCGUUCAUUGUACAAAAUCGGGGUUUGGAAGAGAUUUUUGUGAUCCUUAGUGGGGUACUCCUACAAGGUGAAGCUAAGCUGUCUCUAGUACAAGUAAAACUUCCAACAGUUGAACGGUUUGCCUACUUGAGGAUGUGUUUUUAAGGGCACGGAUAGAGCUUCCAACCCCCCUUAAUUUCAUUGACCCUCCACACGAGUUGAGGAAAAGGAGUUAAAAGAAGUACUCUGGCGAGCGCCAGAUGUACAGAAAUUGCUCACAACUAAUAAGGGUCGACCGUGCAAAAGACUGUAGUUGGGAACCCCGCUAAGUGAAAAAAAAAGUAAAAUGAAAGUGAAAAAAGGGUUCCAACGGUGAAAUGAAGUGAAAGAGCACCCCGGUACCACGAGUCUUUGGUUGUGAACGGUGUGAGUCCCUUUAUCCAUGAACUGAUCGUCUUACUUCUACUUCUUCUCAUGAUCCUGGCUUGAGUCUAGUACUCGCAUUGAGAGAGAUAGGGAAAGUCUUAGAAGACCAUUUGACCUCGUAAGCUGCUAUAUGAUCUAAAAAAUCCUCUACCGACGAUCGAGGUUGUUUGUUGCUAUAGAGGUCUGGAGAGUUACAUUGGUUUGAGUUAGGUUUGCUUGGGGACAAGCAAACGGUUAUGUGUGGGGAAGUUUCAUAGACCAUUGAUUACACAUGUUUUUACCCCUAUUCUUGAGCCGUUUGAGAUGUUGAUUCUCGUGUUUUAGGCCGAUUUCACGCUAGGUUGGUCUUGUUUGUGAUAUUUCAGGUCCUAUUACGUGAAUGAAGGUUUAGGAAUGAGUUCGGGGUCAAUUGGACAGAGAUCGGACGUUUGGCGAGAAGCUGAGGAGGUCACACGGGCAUGCCUAAAACCCCCACGGCCGUGUAAGGGAACCCAUGUGUCCGUGUGGAAAUUCUAGGGAACUCACACGAGCAGCCUGGAAAUCCACACGGCCGUGUGGUUGUGGCCAUGUAGGAUGGCUGAAGUCCACUUAUCAAAACUCCGCGUUUUGCACAACUCACACGGAAAGCUGGGAAAACCACACGGCCGUGUGGCCUGGCCGUGUGGUCGGGAAAUUCUGGGUUUUAACCCAAUUUCGAGCCAAAGGAAAGGGGGAGCUGGGUUUUUGGAUCCAAAACACCCAAGAGAUGAACCAAAGAGAGAGAGGGCGAUUUGAGGGCAUUCUAAGAGUGGAAUUGGAGGAUUUCUUCACCUUGGAAGCUCGAGGAACAAGCCCGGACUUGAAGACUGGUCAUCUAAAGAUUCUUUCUGCAGUCUCUCUCUUCUCUAUGGAGUAACUUCCCUUCACUUAGGUUUUGAGGAACCCUAGCCAUGUUUGUUUGAUUGGAUGAUUGUAUGAGUACUCCUACUUGAUAAUCUUGAGUUCAUAUUCAAUCUAUGCAUGUUUUCAUGAUUCAAUUCUGCUUUAGUCGAGAUUAUUGAUUCUGCUUUGAUCCUAUGAGAGCGAAUACCUGAGUAGGUCAAUAGGCACUAUAGAGUGAUAGUAUUGGAUCGAUUGCUUUAGUUGAGGGUCGAUUCACUGCUUUGUAUCGAUCGAGAACCUCUUUCGAUAGAGCGAGUCUAGUUCAGAACGCCUUGAUCGGUUGUUCUAGAGAAGGAUACGUCCCUCUAGGCAAUUGACUCAAGAGGGCCUUGUUCCUUUAGUCGAGACUCAAGGUCUAGUUAAGGAUUCUCCGCAUUGUGAAUGAAAGUGAAACAGGUUAGAGAUCAUCAAUCAUUAAUCUGGCUAGUGGCUAGGGGGAAUCGUACCUAAGUGAGUUUCCAACCUGUAAUUAGAUUAACUUUAACUGUAGUUUGCUAGAGUAGUUUUAGUUCUUCCUUAUUAAGCUGGUUUGCUAAAUAAUGAACUGAAGCUGAGUAAUAGUAACUCUAGAGACCUGUGGAUUCGAUAUUUAUUACUUGAGCCACUAUACUGCAGUCCCUUUCAUGGGUUACACUUGGCCAUUGUUAGGUGUUGUGUCAUAGCGAGUCAGAAACACAAGCUGAAAGUAUCUACACAAAUCGUACAUUUGUUAUCUUCAAGUUUGAACUAGAGAACGAAGCUUCAUAUGUAUUAGCGGAGACAAGAACUGAAUCAGAUGGGAUAGAGAAUUCGUUCUGAAGAAUUGCUUGAACCCGAAUUGGAUAUGAGGUUAACAUUUACUACGACCAAUUAAGAUCUAAAAUGUGA